GCCGCCGCACGCGAGCCCGGAGGGGCCGGGGCUGCCGCAGCGCCGCGCCGGUCCCGCCGCCCCGCGCUGCACCGCCCGCUCCGCCCGCGCCGCUCCCGCCGCCGCUCCGGCCGGGAGCCCCUGACUCACCAUGACGUUCAAGCAAGCGUCCAUGAUGGCCCCAGAGGCCACAGCCACCACGAUGCCCAUGACCACGAUGGAGAACUCCACUGAGGCCGCGGGCCCGGGUGAGAGCAAGGAGGACAUGUUCACCAAGCUGAGGGACAAGUUCAUGAAUGAGCUCAACAAGAUCCCCUUGCCGCCCUGGGCCCUCAUCGCCAUCGCGGUGGUAGCUGGACUCCUCAUCCUCACCUGUUGCUUCUGCAUCUGCAAGAAGUGCUGCUGCAAGAAGAAGAAGAACAAGAAGGAGAAGGGCAAAGGCAUGAAGAACGCCAUGAACAUGAAGGACAUGAAGUCGGGCAACCAGGACGACGAUGACGCAGAGAUGGGUCUGACGGAGGGGGAAGGUGAGGAGGAGGAGAAGGAGCCGGAGAACCUCGGCAAGUUGCAGUUCUCACUGGACUACGAUUUCCAGGCAAACCAGUUGACGGUGGGGAUCCUCCAAGCCGCUGAACUGCCAGCUUUGGACAUGGGCGGCACCUCAGACCCAUACGUUAAGGUGUUCCUGCUCCCUGACAAGAAGAAAAAGUAUGAGACCAAAGUGCAGAAGAAGACACUAAACCCUGCCUUCAACGAGACCUUCACCUUCAAGGUUCCCUAUCAGGAACUGGGCGGGAAGACGCUGGUGAUGGCCAUCUACGACUUCGAUCGCUUCUCCAAGCACGACAUCAUUGGCGAGGUGAAGGUGCCCAUGAACACGGUGGACCUGGGCCAGCCCAUUGAGGAAUGGCGGGACCUGCAGAGCGGCGAGAAGGAGGAGCCAGAGAAGCUAGGAGAUAUCUGCAUUUCCCUCCGGUAUGUGCCCACGGCUGGGAAACUCACUGUCUGCAUCCUGGAGGCCAAGAACCUGAAAAAGAUGGAUGUUGGCGGUCUCUCAGAUCCCUAUGUGAAGAUCCACCUGCUGCAGAAUGGCAAGAGAUUGAAGAAGAAGAAGACCACAGUCAAGAAGAAGACCUUGAACCCCUACUUCAACGAGUCCUUCAGCUUUGAGAUCCCCUUUGAGCAGAUACAGAAAGUGCAAGUGGUCAUCACGGUGCUGGACUAUGACAAGCUGGGGAAGAAUGAAGCCAUAGGCAAGAUCUUCACGGGCUGCAAUGCCACCGGCACGGAGCUGCGGCACUGGUCCGACAUGCUGGCCAACCCCCGGCGGCCCAUUGCCCAGUGGCACUCACUGAAGCCAGAGGAAGAAGUAGAUGCAGCUCUAGGGAAAAACAAAUAGGAAGAACUGCCGGCCAGCGCGGCACGGCACUGCGGACAGUCGAAGCGACCCAGAGCUACUGAUACCUCAGUUAUGCAACCUUUGGUUUUGGUUUUUUUGUUCUAAGCUGAAAUACCCUUUGAUGGCUGUGGAAGGAUUUCCAGACAGUCCCAAUAGCUUCCAGGGGAAGAGGUUAAAGAUACGGAUGGUUCUUUUUGUUCUUCAGCAUCGCUCCCUUCUGCUGCAUGUCCCAUCGCUUCUGCCUGCCAUCCCUUCCAGGUGCAAAGCCACCAUCACGCCUGGGACCUUCCCUGGCGGCCGCGUCACCAGCCUGCAGCAUCGCUGCUGCCGUCCUUCCCUUGGGUCCACGUGGGGAACCAUCAAACGUUGCAUGGAGUUGAUACCAGAGACUGAUAGAGUGAGAUGACCAGACCCGCUGUGCUUGCUUGGGGCAUGAACAGCUGUGUGGACAUCAAAACAGUGGAGAAGACCCUCUGCAGAAGACCCAGGUGCCUCCCCCUUCUGCUCUGCCUCCCUCCGUCUGGGAAGGGUGAGAGCCGAGGUUUUGGGCCGAGGACGGCCAAGUGCCCGCGGCCAGCUCCAGGUUUGGCUUCUUCUGGGGAGAGGUUUGCAGGGACCGUGGGGCCCGGCUGCGGCCGGUGCGGCGGUGGGGUGCCAAACCCUCGGUGUUGCAGCCGGAGCAGUGGGGGCCAGUCUGAGCGUGGGGAGCCCCGGGGAGUCUGCUCUGAGGAGACACAUGGUGGGAUGUGCAUGCAACGGCAGCGCAGUGCGGACCACCACCACCUCUGCUGGGCGGCCAUAUCAUGUCCCCAGGAGCCAAGCGAGGACAGCGCUGGGUGAUUUGCAUGUGUGUCCCACCAUGCUUGGUUGAAACCCGUAGAUCAAGAUACUUCCACAAGGCAGGUUUACGCUGAGAGGUCUCCAAAUGUGAGGGGGCCAGCCCCCCAGAGUGGUGCCAGGUGCCUCCCCAAAGGCCAUCGCAUGUCCCCAGGGAUCAGCCCCAGUGUAGGCACGCCAGCACAGCCUCAGGGCAGCCGGGGGGCUAUGGGGAGCUCCAGCCCCACCACUGCAUCCCACUGCCGUGAUGCAGGUGGGGAGGGCAAGAGCAAGCCCAUGGCCAACAAGGGACCAAAGCCCCCGACCCCCAUGAGCUGCUGCUCCCCGCCAGGCUGCUGUCUGCUGAAUCCACCCCAUCCUGCUCCCCUCGGGGAUAUAAGCCAUAUCCGUGUCCCUGACAGUGGGCAAGAGCUUCUCCAGCCCACCUCUCCCACCGUGGGACAAGCCAGGACCAAGCCCCUGAGUUGGAAAGCCAACAUCAUUCCUUGCAGCUGUGAGAGGGUCCGGCAGCCCUGCCCAGUUCAGCCCGGUCUGUACUGGAGAACCGACGUGAGCUGGUGUCCCUGUCCCUGUCCCAGCUCUGACUCCCCAGCAGCCUUGUGCUCCCUGCUCCACUUUGCUUUCCUGGACUCAGUUUUCUGGGGUUUUGGCACAGUUAUGCAGCAAAGGGCAUUGCAUCUUCAGCCGAGAGGGGCUUACAGUGGAGAAGCAGAGCUCUGGGGUGCAGCCGGGAAUGCCCUGGGCACUGGAGACGCUGCUCUGGGGGUCCACCGCCUGGGCUGGAACCUCAGUGCAGGGUGUCCCGAGCCUGGGGACAAAGUGCCAAAACUGAGCUGGCCCCAGUGCCGCUGGAUGCUUCAGCAGCUCCCUGAGGUCCCCUGCUUCGCAAAGGUCAUCUCAGCCCCAAGCUGGGUUCAGGUUGGACACAGGGAUGAGCCCCUUCCCCUGGUGGGAUGUGCAGCUCUGAGACAGGUCCCCAGGGAGGGAUGUCUCUGUCCUUGGGGGAGGUUUGGGGCCCGAUUAGCCAAGCUGCGGUAUAUGGUGGUGGUGGAUGUUGGACUGGAGACCUCCAAAGACCACUUCCACCACCAUCUCAGCUGCUCUUGGCCCCUGCCUCGGUGCCCAGCCCGGCUGCUGGAGCUGCAGCUCGGCUGGGCUGGGUGAAGGUGGCACUGGGGCCACGCCAGGCUACAGGGGCUUCGUGGGUCACCAAAUGAGUGGUCCUGCAGGGCCAUCUCCAGCUUUAAUUAGUCCCUUUUCCUAACGGAUGCGUCAGUGUCAGCAAACAAGAUCCUGCCCUGCUCGUGUAGCCAAAGGGAGAAGAAAUCUCGGGGUGCUUUUAAUUAAUGGGGAACUGGGGGCGGCUGAUGCCCCUCGGCUGGGGCACUGGCAGGAUUCGGGCUCUCGAAUCAGUCUCGUUUUGGAGUCUGUCUGGGCACUGGGGGUCAUUUGCCUUACGCGGAAAUGGGUUAAAAAAGAAGGAAUUGGAAAGAACACUAAAAUCCUCCUGUUGCAGUCAGUGCAUGUGCGCAGCCCUGCAGCUUUCCUUGGGAAGCAAGCGGAGGUGUGCAUGCACACCUGCACGCAUCCACACGCGCACACCCUCAUGUGCACACCCCCACGCGCACCCCCCCCACCCGCACCCCCCCAGACCGGCCGCAUCGUCCGGGGUCUCACUGGGAGCGGAGGUCCCACCUGGCUGGUUUCCAUUCGGACUCUUUAAGCCUUGGGGGGGAAACUGUGACUUUAAUACAUAAUUUUUUUUUAAUAAAAAAGGGAAAAAUAACCAACAUAUUAAAGCCAUCUGCGCUGCCUCUGACCCCUCCUUAGUUGUGUGUAGUUAAAAAUAUAUGGAGACAUAGCUGUAUAUACCAUGAACAGUGCAUGAGAUGCAGCCACGUAGCAGUAGCAGCAUGGUUAAAGCCGAGCGCGGCACUGCACGCUCUGCCCCACCGCUCGCCACCGCCAGCACCUCCGUCCCGACCACGCUUCUCCAACGAGGCAGAGACGGCGAUGAACAAAACUCAUUGCUCGAGUGCUCUCCACCGCCCCGAUUAUUUUCCCCUGAAUUAAAAAAAAAAAUAAAAUCAUGUAAAAGAAGAAAAUAAUGCCAAGAAGCAAAGCAUGCCAAGCCAGGCCCGCCAGCGGAGGGUGAGCCGUCACCAACGCAGCCGUGACUUCCAUGUGUGUCUUGUUUCUGUAUCUUGUCGCAUUUAUACCAUGGCCGGGUAGCGGCAACAUCGUGGCUUCGGCGUCCUGUGUCGCGUUGGUGCAUUUCACCGUCAGAGCAACUUUAGAAGCCAUAUUAGACCACGGUAUGCUGGGACCCCAUGGGGACGGGCCCACAGGUGAGCCGUGACCCCCUUCUCCCCAUGUGUCCACCGUCCCCCCGGUUUCAUGGGGCUCAGCGGCAGAGCCAGGCUGCUAGGACAAGCCACAUCAGCAACUGCCUCGGCGGCCACGGAUGCCGCCGUCACACCGGGUGAGGGGACGGGGCAGCGCUGGGCACCGACGCCGGGGCCAACUUGCCGGUGACAUUUCUGCAGUAGAAAGGCCGGAAUGCGGCAAAGAUCUGGUGGCAAAAAGGCUUUUGAGAGUGAUUUGGGUUAUUUCUGCCGUGUCUGGUCAGGUGGUUUCUGUUUUGGGGACAAGAGCCGGCAUUCCCCUCUCCCGGCUGCACCGUGGUGCAAACCCAGCUGUGCCACGGAGAUGCUCAGCUUCGGUCUCCUGGGGUUAAAAGGAAGCAAAUCUACCAGGCUUGGCAACAAGCUGGGCUUUCUUUUCCUUUUUUCCCCCAAACCUGGGAGGGAGGAGCCAGCUCCUUUGGAAGUCCCAGGCUAGGGCUGUUCCUGGAGCAAAGGGCCCCCCACGCCGGCCCCACUCCGCCCCGUCCCGGCCCCCGCAGCGUUCGGCUCCGGCGGGAAGCUGCUUUUAAAGCCCCUUCCUCUCGUGUGGACUCUGUCGUUUCCGUCUCUUAUCGUUAAAUGGUUAUUUUGUAAUGAUAUCUGUCUCCUUAUUAAAGAAACAAGCUGAAAGGA